UCAGGUGUUUUUGCAGCAGAAGUUGCGCACAGUCUGACUGGAGCUGAAACGUUCACUGGAGAACCCGACUGAAGAACCUCCUGAUGACUGAACAGAACCAGAACUGAUGAGACUGAUGAACAGAUGUGACGAGAGAUGAAGCUGGAGGUGAAGAUUCAGCUGUUGAAGUUCUGCUCUGCAGUUUUCAACUCCCUCUUCCUGGCUCUGGGUCUGAGUGUUGCCGGCUGUGCAGUUUGGAUCCUGUUUGGCAAAGGAAACUUUCUGACCGUCCUCUCCUCUGUGGAGUUGAGUACAGUAGCUGUGGGGCUGUUGAUCAUUGGUGGAGUGGUGGUAUCAGUCAGUGUUGUUGGAUGUAUUGGAGCUGAUGGAGAGCAUAGAUUUCUGCUACUGACCUACCUGGGCUUCCUGAUCAUCCUGGUCCUGGGCCAGCUGUUCGUCACCCUGCUGCUGCUCAUCAACAGGAACAAGAUUGAACGGAGUCUGGACGCAGCAGUGGAUCAGAUCAUCCUUCAGUACGGAGGCAGCAGCUCUCAGGACGCACUGAUGGACAACGUGCAGCACUAUGGGGAGUGCUGCGGCAGGACGGGGCCAGCUGAUUGGCUGAAGAACUCCUAUAUCCAGAGUCUGAACCUGACCAGACCAGACGUACUUCCUUGUUCCUGUUUCAGCUCGUAUCGUCGCAGCUUUAACUCGUCCUGGUGCUCAGAGCUGCUGAACUACACCGAGCCGCCGUACGGACGAGGAAACAGCUCGUAUGACCAGGGCUGCAGGCAGACGCUGAGUGUGUGGCUGCAGGAAAAUGCUUUGACCAUCCUCGGUAUGGACGUCAGCCUCAUUCUGAUCCAGGUGCUUCAGUUUGUGGUCAUGGUCUACCUGUACCGCGCGGUCGGAAGGAAAGCCUCUUUGAAACGAUCCAAUCGGCUCAUUGACCCUGACCACGCCCACCUAGACCACGCCCAAGCAGAAGACCCCGACUAUGGGGAGCAGAACGACGCCUCCCCAGACCCCAACGGUGGUUAUAUACACACCGCUUAUCACCAUGACAACCAGAAUCACAACCGGGUGUACCUGGAGCCGGCUCAGGGCUACAGCUGAGAACCCAUUUGUUUGGUAUGAGCUGAAGCUGAUGGAUGAAGAAGGAGGAGGAGACUGGAACAGUCGUCAACCUGCUGGAAAUAAAAGCAUGAAGAAGUUUUUCAUACGCAGAAAAAUGUCCUUUUGGAGCCGUAUUUUCCUCCUCUGUCACCACGGCUUCUCUGACCCACAAUGCCACAGUCAUACACUUCGCUAAACUCUGAUCAUGUGACUCUUACUUUUCAAAAUAAUAUACAUGAAGGGCAUCUAAUUUACAACCAAAA